AUGCUAUCAACGGCUGAUAUCGUUCUCUCAAAUGAUAUCGAUCUGUUGAAUCCAAAACCUGAUUUGGAGAAGAGGAGGCACAAGCUUAAGCUUUGUGAUGGGACAUUCUUUCCGUCUCUCCACGAUGAGAUGUCUGCAAUUGUGGGUUGUUUCAACCGGCGUGCACAGAACCUGCUACAAGUUCAUUUAUCUUCGGGUUUCAGAAAGUAUUUUACAUGGAUUAAGAGAAAACUUGUGAAAGGAAAUCACGUUGCUAUGGUUGAAGAAGGCAAAAAAGGUUUACUACAUAUCUUUGCAGGUUAUGCGGUUGGAGGAGGACAUGUAUUGCAUAUGGUUUGUGAUUUAACAAUAGCUGCUGACAAUGCCGUUUUUGGCCAGACAGGUCCAAAGGUUGGAAGUCUUGACGCAGGUUAUGGAAGUUCCAUCAUGUCUCGUUUGGUCGGGCCGAAAAAAGCACGUGAAAUGUGGUUUCUAGCUCGAUUUUACAAUGCUUCUGAAGCAGAGAAGAUGGGGCUAGUGAACGUCGUAGUACCGAUUUCGGCAGUGACAGCGACAUUUCUUCUGCAAGAAGGUUUUGCCACUUUACUUUUUACCCCAACAUGA